AUGCCCAGUAAUAGCUUCAAGGAUUGGGUCAAAACCCUCUCUGUAUUUUUGCAUUUUGUGUUGAGCUUUGUUUUGGUGCCCUUAAAAGAAGGUUUUAUUUUUGGUCUUAUUGCUGCUUUUGUUUCUGAUUUUAGGGAAUUUAUCAGUGAUAUUGGGGCUCUUUCCUGCACAUGUUGCAUGGACGGUCUAUACCCUUCUCAAGAUGGUACAUGGGGCACUAUUAAGGGUAGUUGUACCGUGGUUCGUGAUUUUGCCGACUUGUGCUAUAAUUCUUAUCAACUCUAUUUAAAGGAGCUGCGUGAAAACACUACCUCUAAUGAGCUUCAACCUCUUAGAUUUAUUCACGUGCCUGCAUGCAUUAUUGUUGGCCUAUUCGGCCUGAUUGUUGAGAUCCCACUUUACACGGCCAUUGCCAUAGUAAAAAGCCCAUACAUGUUCAAAGGCCGGCAUAGGCUAUUGCACGAUCUGAUCAGUCGUGAGGGUCCAUUUUUGGAAACUGCCUGCAUUCUCAUUGCUGCCGACCUCUGUGAUUGGUUGAAAGCAAAGCACUCGAGCGGCCCGCACGUUAUCGACGUGGGGCUUUCAUGUUACUCUUUUCUGCACGUGCUUCUUGAUUCCAUCAAACUGGGGUCCACCGGCUUAGUCCUACUUAAUGGAACAGAGGUGAACCACCUGAACCGGCCCCAAGACAAGCUCAUGGACUGGUUCUUUAACCCGGUUUUGAUCCUAAAGGAACAGGUUAGGGCCUUACGGCUGGAGGAAGGUUAG